CAGUCUGCACCCCGAACUUCCUUCGUGCCUGACUUAGUCGAGAAGUCGGAAAAAAAAUAAAAUAAAAAAGGAAGGGAUCAAUUUGUUAUUCGACUUGACUUGCCGCUUGCUUGAUAAUCCAUGAGUUGCAGACCAUGAGUCUUGAUUCUCUCGAAUUCAUCGGCAUCAUCGUUUCCCCAAUUUUCUUCUUCUUCUUCUCAUACACAAAUUGAAUUAUUCGAUCGCAUCGCGUAUAUACAGUCAAUUCGAUUCACCAAUAGUCAUGGCAUCACCGGCGUCGUCAUCGGCGGUGGCGAACAUCAUGCUGGCGAUCUACGAGAAGAAGACGGUGGCGGUCGAUCUCUACCGCCCGCUGCGAAACUACAUAGUCUUCAACUACUCGGAGCGCGAGGCCCAAAAUCUAGAGGACGACCUCCAAACCCUCAACCAAAUGCGCUCCGAUCUAGACCGCAGCGCCGCCGACUCCCCCACCGCCCGCCGCGACCUGCUGCAGAGCUACUACCGUGCCCUCUGUGCCGUGGAGUCGCGCUUCCCUAUCUCCCCGAGUAAGGACCACAUCAACGCCGUGACUUUCACUUGGCACGACGCCUUCAAGAACAAGCUCAAGGCUUCGCAGCAGAACAUCCAUCUUGAAAAAGCUGCCGUGCUGUUCAAUUUGGGCGCAGUGAACAGCCAGAUCGGGUUAUCAUUCGAUCGGGCUUCAGUUGAGGGGCGGCGGCAGGCUUCGCACUCGUUUAUUGCCGCGGCGGGGGCGUUCGCAUUUCUCAGGGAUAAUGAGUCGGCGAAGGCGUCGAUGGGGAGCUCGGCCACCGUGGAUUUGUCGGUGGAGUGCGCGGGAAUGCUGGAGAGGCUUAUGCUGGCCCAAGCGCAGGAAUGUGUUUUUGAGAACACUAUCGCCAAGGGGAGUACUCCUGGAGUUUGUUCUAAAAUUUCAAGACAGGUCGGGAUCUACUAUGAGGAAGCUUUAGCAGCAUUAAAUGUUACACCUCUCAAAGAUCAUUUUGACAAGACAUGGUUAAGCCAUGUUCAGCUAAAGGCAGCCUUGUUUUAUGCUGAGGCGUGCUAUAGGUAUGGUUUAGAGCUGCAUGAGAAAGAGGAGAUUGCUGAGGAAAUUGCUCGUCUGAAGAGUGGGAUUAAUGCUUUGUCUGAAGCCAAGAAACCAUCCUCAAAGGGUGCUGCACAACAGCUUUUGGAUGCAAUGAAUAAAUUGGAAGGCAAUUUAAACCGUAACCUGGAGAGGGCUGUGAAGGAGAAUGACCGAGUUUACCUGAUGAGGGUUCCUCCCAUCAGUUCUCUACCUCCUCUUCCAGCAUUUUCUAUGGUUAAACCUAUCCCAAUGAAUGACCUACUGGAUGCAAGCAAAGAAAAAAUGUUUGCAAGUCUUGUCCCUGAUAGCAGUGCCAAAGCUCUUUCUCGAUACACUGAAAUGGUUGAUGAUAUCAUAAGAACACAAGCUGAAAAAUUGCAGCAAGGGAGUGAAAUUGCACGAGUGAGGCUCAGGGAAAUGGACUUGCCAGAUUCUAUUCUUGCUUUGGAAGGAAACUUCAGCCUGCCAACAGCUCUUAAAGAAGAUGUUGAGGCAGUUCAAAUUAGUGGGGGACCUGCAGGGUUAGAAGCUGAGGUACAACAACUUAGAGAUUUGAGGAGGGUGAAUCAGGAAUUGCUUGUCCAGACCGAGGAGCUCUUGCAGAAAGAAGCAACAGAAGAUGCACAAUUUAGAAGCCAAUUCGGGGUGCGGUGGACUAGGCCUCAAUCCAGUACUUUAACAAAAAACUUGCAGGACAGGUUAAAUAGAUUUGCAGGAAAUCUGAAGCAAGCUGCAGAUAGUGAUGCCCGGAUUGAGCGUUCUGUGAGGGAUCAUUCCAUUCUCAUGUCAAUCCUUGACCGGCGCCCGAUAGAAUCUGCCCUGCCUACACUGGCAAGGCCUAUAAUGUCUUUGGAUGCUAAUGAAGAUGCUAUAGUGGGGGCACUGAAGCAGAGCUUGAGGCAAUUGGAGACUCUUGGUGCUCAACGUGCAGGGCUUGAAGACAUGCUCAAAGAGAUGAAGAGGAAGGAUGAUAUAUUGCCCAAGUUGAUGGCAUCAACUGGCUCUUAUGAGGAUCUUUUCAGGAAGGAGAUUGCAAAAUAUGAUCACAUCUGUGAGGAGAUUGCCCAGAACAUUGAGGCACAAGAGCAACUUUUGCUACAAAUUCAGGCACAAAGUGAUGAAUUUGCUGCCAUCUUUAACCUUGAAGAUUAUAAAGUAUCUCGUGAGAAGAGUUACAAGCAGAUUGAAGCCGCCAUAGCGAAGUACCGAGAAAUUAAAGAAAAUAUUAAUGAGGGAUUGAAGUUUUAUGUUACUCUUCAGGAUGCUAUCACAAACGUAAAGCAGCAAUGCAGUGAUUUUGUGAUGACCAGAAACAUUCAGUGCCGGGAAAUGAUGGAAGAUGUACAGAGACAACUGGCAGGUUUCAGUUUUCAAGAUAAGAAUGUUGGUGGUUACAGCUAUCCAAUUGCUGGACAACCUCAUCAUCAAAGACCAUCUACACAGCAACAAGCAGAUCAGCCUCCUCGCCCUCAGGCAACAUCUUAUUACCACCAUCAUCCCGAGCAGCCAACUAUGCCUGGGUACACCCAUCACCCUCCCCCCUAUGGCAAUCCACAGCAGCCACCUCCUGCUUACCACCCAUACCCACCUCAACAGACUCCUCAACAGCAGCCAGCAGUGAGCCACGAGUAUGGCCAACCUGCAUAUCCCGGGUGGCGAGGUCCAUAUUAUAAUGCGUCUGCUCCGCAACCAGGAACUCUACCUCGGCCGCCUUACACAGUUCCUUCUCCAUACCCUCCUCCCCACCAGAGUGGCUAUUACAAGCAAUAAUAGUAGGGUUACUCCCCUGACACUCCCAAUUAUUUGUUGUGUAUUAGUUUGCCCCCAUCUCUUCUUUUUCACUGUUCUUGCCGUUCCCAGUAGCAGGAUAUUGUGGGAUUAGAAUAGAAGAAGAGGAAUCUGCCCUCUCUUACAUAUCAACUUUCAAAAUGCGUGGACUCCAUCAGUUUGGUUUGCUAAAAAACUCAUCAUCUACAACUAUUCUACACUAGUGUAAAGUGGGUAUGUUUCCAAUAUUAUUUAGCAGUUGUACAACCAUUUUGAUUUCAAUUGUUCAUCAAUUUGCACCACGUAUUCUCUUUGGGAGUUAGUUCGGCCUUAUUGGCAUGCAAUUAUUGUUUGGGGAUUAGUGGAAUAAAGCAAUUGCGUUUGUUUAUUUGA